CAAAUACUCCCGUCGUUCUCCAAAACCUCAAAUAUUCCCACGGUUCUCCCAACCCUCUCAAGAAACAGCAACGAAACCCUCGUUCUCAGAUCAAAACAAACCCAAAAUUAAACGAUUUAAAAAAAAAAAACCGCAAAAGAAAAAAAAACACAAAGCAACAAAAUAAUAAUAUAAAGAAAUCGUCCGAAAUCAUCGUCACCAUCAUCGUCGUCACCAGAAACCAGCAGCGGUGAUCCCACGUGCCUCGAUUCCCAGCGCAGCCCUCCGCCCAUAAAAACCCUAGCUUUCCUCGAAUGAGCUAGCUAGGGCCGGCGAUGGAGAGGUACGAGCUCGUGAGGGACAUCGGAUCGGGGAACUUCGGGGUGGCGAGGCUGAUGAGGAACAAGGGGACCAGGGAGCUCGUCGCCGUGAAGUACAUCGAGAGGGGCCACAAGGUUGACGAGAAUGUGGCGCGGGAGAUCAUCAACCACCGGUCGCUGCGGCACCCGAACAUAAUCCGGUUCAAAGAGGUCGUGCUGACGCCGACGCACCUGGCGAUCGUGAUGGAGUACGCCGGCGGCGGCGAGCUUUUCGAGAGGAUCUGCAACGCCGGGAGAUUUAGCGAAGAUGAGGCGCGUUAUUUUUUCCAGCAGCUUAUUUGCGGAGUCAGCUACUGCCACUUCAUGCAAAUAUGUCAUAGAGAUUUGAAGCUGGAGAACACCCUGCUCGAUGGGAGCCCGGCGCCCAGGCUCAAGAUUUGCGAUUUCGGAUACUCCAAGUCGUCUGUGCUCCACUCGAGGCCCAAAUCUACGGUGGGGACGCCGGCGUAUAUUGCACCCGAGGUUCUCUCUCGGCGAGAGUACGACGGCAAGCUGGCGGAUGUGUGGUCAUGUGGUGUUACCUUGUACGUGAUGCUGGUUGGUGCCUAUCCUUUUGAGGACCAAGAUGACCCAAAGAAUUUCCGCAAGACCAUUGGAAGAAUAAUGUCAGUCCAGUACAAAAUACCAGACUAUGUUCGCAUAUCCCAGGACUGCAGGCAACUACUAUCCCGUAUUUUUGUUGCCAACCCAAUGAGGAGAAUUUCAAUUAGAGAAAUAAGGAACCAUCCUUGGUUCUUGAAAAACCUGCCGAGGGAGCUAACAGAAGUUGCCCAGGCCGCAUACUAUAAAAGGGAUCAAAGUGCUCCAACCUUCUCCCUUCAGAGCAUCGAAGAUAUCAUGAAAAUUGUGGGAGAAGCUAGGACUCGUCCACCGAUAUCCAAGUCCAUUUCUGGAUAUGGAUGGGCCCAAGAGGAAGAAGACGAAGAAGAGGGAGACGCGAAGGAGGAAGAAGAGGGAGAGGAGCCCAAUCAGGAGGAAGAGGAGGAAGAAGAUGAAUAUGAUAAGAGAGUCAAGGAAGUUCAUGCCAGCGGUGAAUAUAAGAUAAGUUGAAGGACCGAGAUUGUCAAUAUAUAGUGCUUUUCAUUGCCUCAUCUGUUGCUAGUUACCGAAGCGUCUAGGUUUUCCCUCUGGGGAUCUUUUGGUUUGAAAGUGAUGUGUAUUUCUAUAAUUUUGUAUAAUUAUGAAUAUCAAAUGCAUAAAUCUUUGUCUUCAAGUUAUCAAUUUGACUCCUAGGUAGGAGUUAUUUUUGGAAGAGUCAUGAGUAGUCCUGUCAUUGUGUAGUUAAUGAUACCCAAGCACAAAGCUACAUUAUGUAUGCAUGCAUGUGUAUAUGUAUGUGUUUAGUGUCUUUUAUGAAGUUUUUGUAUAAUUAUGAUAUUGAAAGCGUGUUGUAAACGAUAACCAAGUGUAAAGAUCUCCUUCUAUAGUGUUGGUUAUCUAGUUUACUGAAAAUUUUGAUGUAAUGUUUGCUAACAUUUCAAUUUUUCUUCAAAAUA